GUCCCCUUUGUCGACCCGCUUCCGGUCCCUCUCUCUCCGUGCAGCCGCCGCCAUGGUGAACGUGCCCAAAACCCGCAGGACCUACUGCAAGAAGUGCGGCAAGCACCAGCCUCACAAAGUCACCCAGUACAAGAAGGGCAAGGACUCUCUCUACGCCCAGGGAAAGAGGCGAUACGAUCGGAAGCAGAGUGGCUAUGGUGGACAGACGAAGCCUAUCUUCCGGAAGAAGGCCAAGACCACAAAGAAGAUUGUGUUGAGGCUUGAAUGUGUCGAGCCCAACUGCAGGUCUAAGAGGAUGUUGGCUAUUAAGAGAUGCAAGCACUUUGAACUUGGAGGAGACAAGAAGAGAAAGGGUCAAGUGAUCCAGUUCUAAGCAGCUUGAUGAUUUGAUGGAGCAAUUAAAAUGCUGAAACCAUUGUA